CUAUGUCAACAUUGGCAGCAAAAAGCUCCAUUUUUUGGGUCCUCACCUUCAUGUUGGUGUACCAAUCUGUUUCGGCGACCAAAAGUUCAUUCAAAGAGUCCAAACCAUGCAAGAGGCUUGUGCUCUAUUACCACGAUAUCCUAUUCAACGGCACAGAUGCGAACAAUGCAACAUCAACUGUGGUAGCCAAUGCAACAGGACUUGCCAGACCUUACAAUUUCGGUAUGCUGGUAGUUUUCAACGAUCCUCUUACCAAAGACCACCAUCUUCUGUCGCCUGCCGUCGGAAGAGCUCAAGGCUUCUAUUUCUAUGACAUGAAGGACGACUACACUGCUUGGUUUGCCUACACUUUGGUGUUCAACUCGAGCGAGCACAAGGGUACACUCAAUAUCAUGGGAGCGGAUUUGAUGUAUGACAAGACUAGGGAUCUUUCGGUGGUCGGCGGGACGGGAGAUUUCUUCAUGACUAGAGGCAUUUGCACAUUUCAAACUGAUACUUUUCAGGGUGACUAUUAUUUUCGCCUCAAGAUGGAUAUCAAGUUGUAUGAAUGUUAUUAG